CUUCAGUGACAAAACACCUAAAAGACAUCAAGGUUUGGACAACUGCGGCGCCAUAAACUCGGCCUCCCUCACCACAAUUGCACACGCAUUUUUGCCGCGCUUGCCGCCCUUGCCUGGCCAAGUCAGCCACCAUGGACCGACAGGUAGUGGGACUGAUCAUCCUGCUCAACGCCAUCGCGGCGGGAGUGCUCUACCAGCGCUUCCAUGACCACCCCCAGGUUCAGCUUCUGGAGUCACGGGCGCUGGAGCUCUACCACAAGCUGCUGCCGCCCGCCACGCCCGACCGCUGCGGUGCGCUCAAGUGGCCGGCCUACGUCAUCAUCAGCGACCGGGUGGUCUUCCCGGACGGCGUGCGGCCGGGCGCGGUGUACAUUGAGGGCAAGAAGAUUGUGGCGGUGAGCGACAACACGACUGUGGACUCACCGCACAUGCUCAACUUCAAGCACGCCGUGGUGGCCCCCGGCGUCAUCGACGUGCACAUCCACCUCAAUGAGCCCGGUCGUGUGGAGUGGGAGGGCAUUUGGAACGGCACCCGCGCGGCGGUGAUGGGCGGCGUGACCACUGUCAUCGACAUGCCGCUCAACAGCAACCCCGUCACCACCGACGUGGUGCAACUGGAGGCCAAGAAGCGGGCAGCCAAGGUCAAGGCCUGGACCAACGUGGGCUUCUGGGCGGGUCUGGUGCCGGAGAACGCCGGCAACCACAGCCUGCUGGGGCAGCUGGUGGAUGCGGGCGCCCUGGGCUUCAAGUCCUUCAUGUGCAACAGCGGCAUCAACGACUUUGGCAAUGUGGGCGGCGACGACAUUGCGGCGGCGCUGCCUUUCCUCAAGUCUCGCGGCGUGCCGUUCUUCGUGCACGCCGAGGUGGUGUCGCCCGUGGAGUCCGACCCGGCCGCCGACCCCACCUCUUACACCACCUACAUGGCCACGCGGCCGCCCAAGUUCGAGCAGGAUGCCAUCCGCCUGCUCAUCGAGAAGCUGGACGCAGACACCACGCCCGCCGCCCCCGGCUUCAAUGUGCACAUCGCGCAUCUGGCGGAUAGCGGCAGCCUGGACAUGAUCAAGGAGGCCCAGACGAGGCAUCCUCUGACUGUAGAGACGUGCGCACACUACCUCACUUUCUCCGCGGAGGAUAUCCCCAACGGCAAGACGCAGUACAAAUGCGCGCCACCGCUGCGCGAUGCUGCCAAUAAGGCCGCCCUCAUCGCGGCAGUGGCGUCGGGCGCCAUCGACCUGGUGUCGUCCGACCACUCGCCCGCCCCGCCCUCGCUCAAGGAGAUCGAGAGCGGCAACUUCCUUAAGGCAUGGGGCGGCAUCAGCGGAGCGCAGUACCUGCUUCCCGCCACCUGGACGGCGCUUGAGGCCGCGGGCGGCUCCCUGAGUGACCUGGUGCGCCUGCUGUCCGAGGCGCCCGCCCGCCUGGCGGGCCUGGCCGGCAGCAAGGGCCGCAUCGCGCCCGGCUACGACGCCGACCUGGUGGUGUUCGAGCCGGCCUCGCGCGCCAACACCUCGGUGGCGCUCAACCUACACACGCACAAGCUGUCGCCGUACACGGACGUGCCGCUCAAGGGCAAGGUGGUGGCGGCGGUGGUGGGCGGCGAGCUCACGGCCAUGUACGGCCACCUCAACAAGAAGCCCUGCGGCCAGCUGCAGCUCAAGCGCGACAGCUGAGAGCUGUGAGCUGAGAGGCGCGGCCUUGCGGAGAUGCCGGGAGGCUGCUGGCGUGGCGUGGCGGUGUGCAUGAAUGCAAGGAAUUUUGUUUUGGGCACGGCUGUCCAGUCACCGUGAUGCUGUCAGCUCUGGGAGCGGACCUGGAGCUAGUGAUAGCAUGCUGGAUAACUGGAUGGCUGGCUGUCGGCCUCCCUUGUGCGUCCCUGCAAGCCAAAGCGACUUCUAACUUCAUGGGUCCCAUCCAGGGCGUGCGAUUUCGCGGGUUGGUCAUGGCGUGCGACCAGGGUUGUGCCCACGAUGUUCAGCGCUUCGCGCCUAGCUGUUGCGGCUGGGCUGACGAGUUUGCUGUGUGUGCGGUCGUAGCUGCACCUCAUCGUCUUAUUGGACAUCAUGGAGCUAUGUGCAUGCGUGAGGUUAGAACGUGGGUGCAUAUUAGCCAGUUGCGUUGUGGGUACGUGAUGACAGGGUUCUACAUGCCUGGCGCGCCGAGCGUCUUCUGCUAGUCGGACAUGGCGGUGAGGGUGAGGGCACCGGUACACAACAACACAAUUACAGACACCCUGACAUAAUGAGUGGCCGGCUGAAACAAACAGUAGCCACUCACAGGUGUUCAUUCUGCAUUCCAAUUUUUUCGCCCACGCCUGCCCCGAGACUUUUAAAAGGUAUCGCAU